AUGGAGAUCUUUAGAGCCCAUUCAGUCAUCUUGAGGGCCAGAUCAUUACACUUUCGCACUUUGCUUUCAGAUAAUUUGGUGAAACGAGAACAAGAUGAAUGUUAUACAUUUGUUAAACCUCAUAUUUCACCCAAUGUGUUCAAACACAUUCUCAAGUAUAUCUACACGGGUAUGUGCGAUUUGGAGAAUUGCGAUUUCCUCAUAGAAUUACUAGUGGCAGCCGAUGAAUUGAUUCUCGAUGGAUUCGUUAAACACAUCCAAAAUUAUAUAAUAUUAAAUAAAACUUUUUGGCUACGUGAAAACCUUGUGAGACUUUUUCAAAUCUCAUCAAAACAUGAAUCCUUCUCUGAACUCCGAGAAACUUGUGGUCAGCAAAUAAGUCGAAGUCCCGAUUUGAUACUGAGAUCAACUGAUAUCGUCUACCUGGAGAAACGCACUCUUCUCACUUUCAUCAAACGCGAUGACAUCGCCACUGACGAGAUUAAUAUUUGGAACGCUGUAAUAAAAUGGGGCAUGGGUCAGGAUUUUAAACUUGAUGACAACAUCGAGAGUUGGACUAAAGGUGAUUUUGAGGAGUUGAAAAUCAGAGUUCAAGAUUUCUUUCCUUACAUCAGAUUUUUUACUAUACCCG